AUGACGACCGACAAGAUUCGGAAGGACAAGAAUCAAAAUAUUCAAGUGUUUAUUCGAUUAAGACCCCUGAACCAGCGUGAACGGGACAUAAAAUCUUUGGGUGUGAUCGAAGUUGUGAAUAACCGGGAAGUGGUGGUCCGCCAGUCACAACAGACCUCACACACCAAGAAGUUCACCUUUGACCGGGCAUUCGCACCAAAUGCUAGUCAGCUUCAAGUAUACCAAGAGGUGGUGAGCCCUCUAAUAGAGGAGGUCCUCAAUGGCUACAACUGCACAGUGUUCGCGUACGGACAGACAGGCACCGGCAAGACUCACACCAUGGUUGGAGAGCAUACCGGUACUGAUACACACUGGCAGAAUGAUCCUCUGGCCGGUAUAAUACCACGGGCCCUCUCUCAGCUAUUUGACGAGCUUCGUCUGACCAACACGGAGUACACAGUGCGGGUGUCAUACUUGGAGCUGUACAAUGAGGAACUGUUUGACCUGCUCUCCACUUCGGAAGACAAUUCUAAACUCAGGAUUUAUGAGGAUGUGACUAGGAAGGGAUCCAAUAUUGUUAACGGAUUGGAGGAGGUUACGGUAUUCAACAAGAAUGAAGUGUACAAGAUUAUGGCACAAGGACAGGAGAGGAAGAGGGUUGCAUCUACUCUUAUGAAUGCACAAUCAAGUCGCUCCCACACGGUCUUCACGAUCGUAGUCCACAUGAAGGAGAACAGCCCUGAAGGUGAGGAGUUGAUGAAGAUAGGGAAACUCAACUUAGUGGACUUGGCCGGCUCCGAGAAUAUCAGCAAGGCUGGUUCUGACAACCCCGCCAAGAAGGAGAGAGCUAGGGAGUGUGUUAAUAUCAACCAGUCGUUGUUGACCCUCGGCAGAGUCAUCACUGCACUUGUGGAGAGACAUCCACAUAUACCUUACAGGGAGUCCAAAUUGACUCGUAUUCUCCAAGAAUCAUUGGGAGGUCGAACGAAGACUUCCAUCAUUGCGACCAUCUCCCCUGGACACAAGGACUUGGAGGAGACCAUGAGCACAUUGGAGUAUGCUCACCGCGCCAAGAAUAUACAGAACAAGCCAGAAGUCAACCAGAAGAUGACCAAGAAGGCUAUCUUGAAGGAGUAUGCUGAGGAGAUUGAUAGACUCAAGAGAGACUUGCAGGCUACUAGAGAUAAGAAUGGUGUAUACCUAGCAAGCGACACGUUCGCGGAAAUGACGUUGAAAGAAGAAGAACAGCGUAAAGAGAUACAGGAACUACUCCUAAAGAAGAGAGCCAUGGAGGAGGAGAAAGAGAAAAUGGAAGCUGUGUUCCAAGAGCUGAAUGAGACUCUGGAAACCAAGAACAGUGAACUGGCUACUACUGUGUCACAGCUUGAUAAUACCAAGAAGGAGUUGGCUACUACUAGUAAAGCGCUGUCCCGCAGUCGACGUGCCUGUGAGGAGCAACAAGUUCUAGUGUCGGCCCACUGCAGCACGGAGCUGGCUCUAGGGGCGCAGGCAAGGGAACUACUCGACACGGCAGAUGUCGCCACUACACACGUCGCCUGUCUACAUGAUGCUGUCGAUAAACGGAAAAAUGUAGAAUCGACUAACUUGGAGAUAACGCGCACAUACCGCGAGGAGUCGGAGCAACAACGAGGUUCUAUCAGUACUGGAGUCAGAACCUUUGCUGACACUGUACACUCUGUAUUCAACAACUUGCAGGCUGCUUUAGAUUCAUACACGACAUCCAGCACUCAGACACAGGAACAAAAUAAACAGCAACUUGAAAACUUGGUGCAGAUGUUUAUGGAGACUGUUAAUGAGGUAAAAGCAGCUACAUCAGAAAGUCAGUGUGCCCUGUCCCAGUCGAGUGCGUCCCACGUGUCGUCCCUACGCGACCGAGUAUCGUCCCACGGCGUCGCGCUGCAGCGGGCGCUGGCCGAGUUCCUGCAACACUUCGUGUCUUCACUGCAACACGCACACAGUGUCGAUGUCAAGGGAAAUGUUGCUCACUUCGUGCAGCAAUGGUACGCCGGAGCAUCGGAUCGAGUAUCAUCCCUCCAGCGCGUACACGGCGGGUUCAGUUCCCGCGCCGAGACACACGUGGCGGCGCGCGCGCAGGCCCAGCGAGCUGCCCGGGACGCCUGGCGGGGACUCAAACAAAGGCGGGCCAACAGGACACAGGCUUGUCUCGCUGAAAUGCAAGAAGAAUCGGUUCGCCUCGAAAACCUCCUAACACAGCAACUAUCAGACAUUGAGACAGAGAGAGCACAAACCGAGCAUAGACUACAAGAAUGGAUGGAAGAAAAGAGAAGAUUGUUAGAGGAAGAACUAGCAAGACAUGUAGCUUCAGAGAAACAAGCAUUAGAAGACAGACUGGCCAAGAAGGUCACAGAAAUUGAGUUACAGAAGAAAAUGCUUCAAGAGAGGAUGGAGCGUUACAAAGAGUGGGAGCAGAUACAAAUGGAAGCGGAUAGAGAAGAGAUGGAGAUGGCAGAAAGGGAAUUGGAAGACAACGAUAAAGGCAGAGAGGAGUGUGUCAAAGAUAUUAAGAAGUACAGCAAGGAGUUUGAAGAAGGCACAAACGCGAUCAGCGUGGACAUGGAGAUAUUCAGUAAGAAUGUGGUGGAGGUCGUGGAACAUAUCAAUAAUGAGAUGCUCAGAGCGCUCGACCAGACCAGGGUGCAGGUCGAGGAAGAAGUGUCGAAGGUAGUGUCAGCGGACGAGGCGUCGUGUCUGCAACUGACGCAGUCUGUCGGCGACACCGUGCAGGCCUUGCUCCACACUACCAAACAUAUCACUGAACAACUCGUCGCCAACGUUGAGAGCAACACUGGCGCCGCAACACAACAACUACGUGACGUGUGCAACUCCACUACACAACUGAUCUCUACAACCCACUCUCUACACAACACACACGCCACGACGUGUACACACGCUCGGGAACAAGUCUCUACACUGCAGGGCCAGCUGUACGAAGCUAUAGCCAGGCACCAACAGCUUGAGAACAAGUACCUCAGUCAUGAGUACAAGCUGUACUCACCUACUGGUAAGACUCCGUCGCGCGUGGAGUACCGCUACCCGCGGGCCCUGGCCGCCACCUCGCCGCACGACAGGCUGCUCGCCAGGUUCCGCGCCAUGCGACGGGACUCCGACGAGGACUGCGUGGUAGUAGAAUCCGACACAGAAACAUCGACCCGACAGGUGAGUGACUCGGAGUGUUCCUCCGAGGACUCCGCGCACUUCCUCGCUCCUUCACCGCCGGAACCGCGGGGGACUACGGAUACCAGGGACACUCGGGAUACUCGGCACACUCGGGACAAACUCGUCAAGAGCACAUCCGAGACUGACAUACUCUACACUAUUAGAAGGCAACAAGAAAACGCCAAAGAGAACACAGAACGGUCAGUUUCAGGCAAAAAGCCUUCCAAGCUACCCGCGCCCUCAUCUCUUAAGAAACCGUUAGCAGAACGAAACGUGAACUGA